AAAAGGGCUGUCAUAGAGACAUCUGCUCUUUUGUCCUAGAGUAACCAGGGGGAGGGAUAAAGGUUCCAUUUCCGUGGGAUGACUACUUCCGGCUCUGAUUCUUGGGUCUGACGCGAUGGAGUCGGUGCUCAGCGAAGUGGUGGCGUUGGAGGAUCUACAGAGAUUUGAGAAGAAAUACAAUGCUGAGCUGAGCUCGGGCAAUGUCUCCAAAGGGACCAAGUUUGAGUAUGCCUGGUGCCUGGUCCGCAGCAAGUACAACGAGGACAUCAAGAAGGGAGUUGCGUUCUUGGAAGAACUGUUGCUCAAAGGAAACAAAGAAGAGCAGCGUGAUUAUGUCUUUUAUCUCUCAGUGGCCAAUUACCGGCUGAAGGAAUAUGAGAAAGCUCUGAAGUACAUCCGGGGCUUGCUGAAGACAGAGCCAAGCAACACGCAAGCUGUGGAGCUGGAGAAACUCAUCAAGAAGGCCAUGCAGAAAGAUGGCCUGGUCGGCAUGGCGAUCGUAGGUGGCAUGGCACUGGGUGCGGCCGGGCUGGCCGGCCUCAUCGGCUUGGCCAUCUCCAAAGCGAAACCUUAAUGGGCUGGGUUUAGAGGAGGGCUUCCUCCCCUUUUCACUCUCAGCCAGAGCGGCCUGCCCCAGCAGCUGACAGUUCUAACCCUGCAGAGACGCUGAUGGACAAUUAAAAAAUGAAAGCCACUAACCUGACCGUGAUUCCUAGGCUCCCCUCCCUGCUCCUUCUCCUGCCAGACUGCAGCACUCAUGGGCUGCUCAGAGAGGCCACUUGAUCUGGAUAGCGCAAUAGACCAGCGGCCAAAUGGGAAACAUGGGUCUGCGUGCGUGGGUGCCCUUCGCUCUUAGCAAUCCCAGCCUCCUGUUGCACAACUUCUUAAGUUCAGGUUCUUUGCCACAGCCGGCAUGGCACUUUAGUUCUCCCUCAUUGCUUCCCUUUGCUGCCUCUUGAUGGUCACAACGAGCAAGGAUUUGGAAAAUCCUCCUUCCUGAGAUGUGCAAACAACCAGGAAAUGAAUGCAUUUUGAGAAAGCUCUCUCUCUCUCUCUCUGUGUGUGUGUGUGUGUGUGUGUGAGUCAGUCAUUGUUUGCCUGCAAAAGUGCAGCUUAGCUCAUUGCUUCUGUGACCAACGUGGGGAGUAGAGAGCCUUCAGAAACCUGCAGGCUUUCUACAUCAGUCUUUCCUUCACUGGUAGACUGCAUUUUUCUUUCACGGAUGCACAAACGUGCCUUCUUUCCCCUCUGAGUCCCCCACACGCAUGGCACAGGCCCCCAGUUUGCACAUGGGUCUGCACUAUUUUUGGCAUGGCCUCAUGACCCAUACCGGCACUUUGUUCCUUUAGAGCAGGGAUGGGGGGAAACCUUGGGCCCCUCCAGUUGUUGUUGAACUCCAGCUCCCAUCAGCCCCAAACACUGUGGCCAGUCGCCGGGAAUGAUGGGAGUUGGAGUCCAGCAACAUCCCCACUCCUGCUUUGGAACCUUCUUCCACCUAACUAGCUACGCAGGCCCUUGAGUGUUUUUUAAAAAGUUCUUCUGCCCCCCCCUUUUUUUGUGGAGUUAGAGGGACAGAGUGGGUGAGGCUAACAUGAGAAGUAGUUACAGUGCCUCAUCUUACAAUGGAUAUGGGCAUAUAGGAAGCAUGGUAGCGAAGAGGGACUCAAAGCUGCCUUAUAGUGUAUUGUGUCUGCUUCUGAGCAGAUGAUGGAAGGUUCCUUUUUUGGGAUGGGUGGGAACUCCUUUAGUGCAAGGUUGACGUGGCGAUGUUAGGUGGUCUGUUGGAAACAUUUCUCUCCUCCCUUCUGAUAAUUUAAUCUCCCUGCUCAUCUAACAGGUGCUUUUGUAUUGUUUUCUAGCCUCUGACUAUCGUGAGGCAGGGAUGUGAAUAAAAAUGAAGAAACACA